AUGUGGCUUGCACUUUUAGACAGAUUGAAAACAAAAGAUAGGUUGUUUAAGUUAAAUAUUGGCACUGAUGAUCUUUGUCCAGUGUGUGGAUCUUGUACUGAGACCUCUGCCCAUCUCUUCUUUAAUUACACUUUUAGUGUUGCCUGCAGACAGCAAGUCAGGACCUGGUUGGGAUUCCAGCAAGGUAGGAACUCCAUCAUUUCACUCUUGAAGUGGAUUCAAAGAUAUGACAGGAGCAAAGUCCAGAAAACCAUCAUGUAUGCUGCUAUUGCUUGCUUGGUUUACAAUAUCUGGAGAGUAAUGAAUUCUGCUGUGUGGAACAUGAAGGUUCCAAGUAUCAAGUACACUUUCCAAAUCAUCCAGUUUGAAGUCAAGAGUAGAGUGACAAAACUACUCAGCAACAAAACCUGUAAUAGGGAUAGAGACUGGUUUUCUAGCCUAUAA